AUGCCUUCAGCGAUAUUAGACAAGAGGGAGACUGCUAAUCCUUCAAAGCCCACUAACAGGGAGGCCAAACCUGGUGGAUUGGGCCGUUCGAGAUCAAAUUCGAGUAGUGAUGGGUCAUCCAGUACAUUACCAUCACAGGAAUUCACGGUAAACACUGCAGCUCCCCGAAACAGAUAUACUCAUAUUGCAGUGCUCAAGUCGCUCAACAAUACUUUUGAAACGAAGUUUUUGGUGAUUCCUUUCAGGCCAGACGGUUUGAAGCUGGGCAGACCUAUUGCCAACCCCACGGUCGCACAAGGCGGUAAACAGGACUUGCAAUCACAGGUGAGGCCUGAUAAUGGAAACUUUGACUCGCGGGUUUUGUCACGAAACCAUGCAUCGCUCAGUUGCGAGCCUUUUUCCGGCAAGGUAUACAUACGGGAUCUUAAGUCUUCCAAUGGAACUUUUGUCAAUGGAAAUCGCAUCACGCAAAGCGAUGUAGAGCUGAAGGUUGGUGACAUUAUUGACUUGGGUACCGAUAUAGACGCGAAGUUCGAACAUCGAAAAAUCAGCGCGUUGCUAGAGGACAUUUCAGUGAUUCCAUUGAUAAAUGACGAUAGUGCAUUGUUUGAAGGAACACUGGACGGGGCCAACGGGAUAGCCAAUGAAAUCACAGGCUACACCAGCCCCUUCACACCCAAUGCUCAGCGUGCCGCAUUCGAAGCAGCCAUGUUUGGCGACGUUAACAACCUGGAUCUCGAGGGUUCUUUACUAGGUUCAGAAACAGAAAUUCUAAGUGGCAUUUUCAUUAAUAACUCCAUUGGCACCAGUCCGAAUCUCAUAAAUGUUGUAAAGACGUUGCUUACGGAGAUAUCACUGGAAAAGCACGAAUAUGAAAAGAUGAAGUCUAUAGAGAGGUUUUUGAUUCAAUUUUCUACAAGUUUAGAGCAUAUUAACAAGUUGCAAGUCGAGAAUAACGACCAGCAACUGGCGCACUUGCAAAAUGCGUUGAAGCAGAAGCUAAACGAAAAGCACGAGAAACUCAUGGUAGAGCACAUAGAGCAACUGAACGCCAUGAGGGAAGAAAACUUGAAGCUGCGAAAUUCUUUAGGAGAACAGCAGACCCGAGAGAAUGAUGUAGUUACUGAUUUGAAGCGUGAAGUGGAAGACUUAAACACAAGAUUAGAGGUAGAGUGCUUUAAAAACGCACAGCUUCGAAAAAGCCACGAGGACACAGGAAGCACACUUAAGCGUACUCGAGAAGGCAUUUCCCCAAAAAAGGUGAAUGACAUGGCAGAGAAAACGGGCAUUAAACGGAACAAAUCGACAAUCUUGUUCAGUGCAUUUACAAUAGGAAUUAUCGCAGCUGCAUUUCAGUAUACUUCAAAAAGAUGA